UCUCGGGGUGUGUUGUUGGGUUUCGCCCCGGACUCGGCUGCGGCUGCUGUUGCAGUUAAGGGCAGCGGAGCAGCAGCAGCAGCAGGCAGGGAGCGGCCCGCAGCGUGGAGGCGGUGCCCUCCCGCCCCCCUCGGAGGGGGCGCCUCUGCGCAUUUGCAUGCGACUCAGACGGGCGGGCAGGACUCGGAGAGCGCACUUUUGCGCACACACAAGCGCGCACCGAGCCGGAGGAGGCGGAGGAGGAGGCGGAGCCCAGGGAGGCGGGCCCGCUCGCUCGCAGAACUCCGGGCAAAGUUUGGAGCCGCCGCCGCCGCCGCCGCCGCUUUGUCCCCGGGCCGAGCCGGGCAGCCGCCGCCACCGCCGCCGCAGCAGACCUCGCGCCUCGCCGCCCUUGGCCGCGGGUGGGAAGGAGGAGGCGGCCGGCCGGCGCGGGAGUGCCGAGGCGUCGGAGCCCGCAGCGGCAGCAGGCGGCGCGGCCAAGGCGGAGGAGGCGCGCCCGCUGCGCCCGGGCCGGGAGGGCUGCCGCCGCCGCCGCCGCCGCCGGCCAUGUCGUCCAUCCUGCCCUUCACGCCGCCCAUCGUCAAGCGGCUGCUGGGCUGGAAGAAGGGCGAGCAGAACGGGCAGGAGGAGAAGUGGUGCGAGAAGGCGGUCAAGAGCCUGGUCAAGAAGCUCAAGAAGAGCGGGCAGCUGGACGAGCUGGAGAAGGCCAUCACCAGCCAGAGCGCCGCCACCAAGUGCAUCACCAUCCCCAGGUCUCUGGAUGGCCGGCUACAGGUCUCCCACCGAAAGGGUCUCCCCCACGUCAUAUACUGCCGGCUGUGGCGGUGGCCGGAUCUCCACAGUCAUCACGAGCUGCGAGCCAUGGAGAUGUGCGAAUACGCCUUUAAUAUGAAGAAGGACGAAGUCUGUGUGAAUCCGUAUCACUACCAACGGGUGGAAACGCCAGUGUUACCUCCUGUAUUGGUACCGAGGCACACCGAUAUCCCGGCUGAGUUCCCUCCGCUGGAUGAUUAUAGCCAUUCCAUUCCCGAGAACACUAAUUUCCCGGCAGGCAUUGAACCUCAGAGCAACUACAUUCCAGAGACACCCCCUCCUGGCUAUCUGAGUGAGGAUGGAGAAACCAGUGAUCAUCAGAUGAACCAUAGCAUGGAUGCAGGUUCUCCAAACCUAUCUCCAAACCCGAUGUCCCCCGCCCACAAUAAUCUGGACCUUCAGCCUGUCACCUACUGUGAACCAGCCUUCUGGUGUUCCAUAUCCUACUAUGAGCUCAACCAGCGGGUUGGGGAGACAUUCCAUGCUUCUCAGCCCUCAAUGACCGUGGAUGGCUUUACUGACCCUUCCAAUUCGGAACGCUUCUGCCUUGGCUUGCUGUCGAACGUGAACCGCAACGCAGCUGUGGAGCUCACCAGACGGCACAUUGGGAGAGGAGUGAGGCUGUAUUACAUUGGAGGAGAGGUCUUUGCCGAGUGCCUCAGCGACAGCGCCAUCUUCGUCCAGUCUCCGAACUGCAACCAGCGCUACGGCUGGCACCCAGCCACCGUCUGCAAGAUCCCGCCAGGAUGCAACUUGAAGAUCUUCAACAACCAGGAGUUUGCAGCCCUCCUCGCUCAGUCGGUGAACCAGGGCUUCGAGGCGGUCUAUCAGCUGACGAGAAUGUGCACCAUCCGAAUGAGCUUCGUCAAGGGCUGGGGUGCGGAAUACAGGCGGCAGACCGUCACCAGUACUCCCUGCUGGAUUGAGCUGCACCUGAACGGCCCACUGCAAUGGCUGGACAAGGUCCUGACGCAAAUGGGCUCUCCAAGCAUCCGCUGCUCCAGUGUGUCUUAAGGAAGUCCCCGUUGCUGGGAAGGCUGGCGCUGAGACUUUGGGAAACGGAAUCCGCGGAACUCCUGGCAGAGAACAAAACAAGUCUGUGUCUCUUGCUUGAGAAUGUUGCCUGUUUGUUUGUGCCUAAGGGCAAAUUACCGAUAGCAAUGGGGAGGGGAGGGGGAAGCCUGUGGGGCCAUCGGGCGACACUGCGCCCAGCGCCUUCCAAGGCCCAAUCCUGCACAGCAACUGUUCCUUCCUUUCCACUGACAGACUUGGCUCCAGUGCCGUCAAAACGGAGGCUUUGCUGCAGCAGUGCUUGGUGGAUCUUGCCCAAAGGACUGGCACUUUGGCUGUAGUAAGAACAGAAGACAUUUCAACGCACUGCCAGCUCGGACUUCCGGUUACGUGGGAGUCAGGCAUCGCCUUUGUGAAGGCUCCGCGGCGUGCUGGGCGCCUGCAGACCUGGCGUUGCUUUCUACAGCCGUUCUCAGGCUGGGGGACGGCAAGGACUCUGCUUCCGCUCCUCUCCCCACGCCCCCCGUUCUUCAAGAACCUCAUCCUGGUACUGGGUGGUGGCAGCAGCAGCAGCAGCUCAGGAAAGACCAAAGCGGCUCUUAACCUUCCCUGUAAGAGUGUUUGCCUUUCGUGUCCCCUGCUUGGCCUUUUGCUAGACCAUUUGCAGAAAUGGUGAGGAAAGCAGGUUGGGUUCAAAUCAGCAGGGGCUAGCCAUGACUUGGAGAAGAGAGUUGGGACUCAAUGAAGAAACACUGCUCCAACAGGAGGAAUCUCUCAUUGCUUGCUGCAUGGAGAGCAUGAGCUAUCCUGUUGUCACAACGAUCUUCGAGGUUGCCUGUCUGGCACACGGGGGCCGCCAGUCUCCCUGGGUACCUGUCUUAACCUUGCUUCUCUCUUUUGGAGUCUCAUAGCCCAGAAAGACGUUGCUGCUUCCUCUGGAGGAACUGGGGUUUCCUCUCUUAUCACGUGGGGUGGGUGUGUCUGCUUUGCAUUAAUAUCUGUCUGAGCUCUUGUGUCGGCCUCCCCGUGUGUGCGCCAACUGCUAUUUUAACUUUUAAAGACACUUAAAGGGAGCAAACCAGGGCUGACAAAGGGAUAUGGGCUGAGAAGGGGAAAGGGUUAAAAACCAAGACUGACCAAUUCAGCAGAAGGUGUGAUUUGUGUGUGUGUGUUCCCUUGGUCAUCUGACUGUCAGCUGGGGAUGGAUCUUUUCUCUUUCCAAGGACAGUUAGCAGCAGUCAGUGGGAGGAACAGGCUGCCUGCACAGGACAAUUCGGAGCAGAUCUUGAAAUGCUUCCACUGCCAUUUAAAUGGCGCACUUGUGAAAUGCAAAGACAAAACCAGUGGGGGAGAUGAUUUUUCUCAACCAAAUCCAGAAAUUAGAGAUUCCCAGUGCACAGCCAGGACCUGUGGCAGGUGCUUGGAAAUGGAAGUCAAAGACUUCGCUGUCUAGCCCAAAGCAGCUCAGCAUUGAUUCUGGAAUUGCCACUUUUCACCCACCCGUGUGUGUGUUUUUUUAAAUGGGAUAUCAAUCCAACUUUUUCUUCUUUUAAAAGAACCAAAUGGCAGUGCCAUCCUGUUCGUACAAAGUGCUAUUAUUAAAGCUCCCUGUCCCCAUGGGAAAAGAAUGAUCAGAGCUGAUUUUCUAUAUUGGUUUUUAACGAGGCUGCUGUUUAGCUUCCAAACCUAAUCAAGUGCACUUACUUUUCUCUGAAUUGCAUCCAGGUGAGUCUGAACCUGUUCCAGGUGUGCUUUGUGCCUUGCAGAAGGUUUUCUAACUGAUCUGCAGCUGCAGAAGGGAAGGCAGCUGGGGCUCUCUCCACUGCCCUCUUCCCCUAGACUUGUUCCCAAGAAACUAUGGCUGGAGCUGAUGGGAGUUGUAGUCCAACUCCUUCUUUAGAGUCUUAAUUAUUUCACAACCAGCCAGAUUGUGGCUGGUUGUGAGCAGCACAGUCUCUCUCAGACGGAAGGUGGUGUCAUAGAAAGCUUUGUUCUGCCUCGGUGAUGGUUCAGUCAGACAUCCCUUUCAAGCCAAGCCGAUAGGAGUUCUGGCAAAUAGGGCCCACAUGUCAGGCUCUUAGUGGUGUGACUGGCCCCCCUCGCUUUCCUGGACUCCCCCUUUCAGGGUGCCCGUGGUGCCUCCUCCAUGGAAGGGGUGGAGAGCUCUGUGGACAUGCUGGAGCAGAGGAGAAAAGUACGGGCUUCUUCUACUGAAAGUUCAUCCCUCCUCUGCAUGUCAACACUAAUCCAAAAGGAAGCUUAAGCACUUGGGGGGUCACGUGGAUUGUUGCCUCUGCAGCUGACAGGGGCCAUGUGAAUUUCCAGCAGGAAGGAAAGCUUGUCCUCCUGCGCAGGCUCAGCGGUGGCGGCUCCGUAGGUCCUGAGGCUUGAAGCCUGGCCCCGGGCUGGCCCGUGGCUCAAGCAAAGCUCUGCCACCCUGUGCAGAAUGACGUGGCUGUUUACUCCCCAGAACUUGUCAUGUAGCACCAGCGUCUGCUCUUGAGACUCUCUGCUUCCAUCCAGACUGGAAUCGCCUUGGCUGUGGAGCCUGGGGUCUGUCCUACCAUUCAGAGUCACUAGCUGGUCCUUUGACUCUUCCACUUGCCCUUGACACGGCGGCUGGCGGGCGUAUCCAGCUGCCUUGUCCGACUCUUCUCGUUUCUUUCAUAACUGUGGUGAAGUCAUUUUUUGUUCUGUCUUUGAAAUAAUGUAUUUAGCCAAGUUGCAGCAAGUGUAACUUUUGCAUCUCGCUUUUGGGAGCGGAGGCCUGUGCUCGCCGGCUUUAAGUGGGAGCAGUGAUUGGUGCAGGGAGAACCGGAAAGCAGUCUGAGGCUGACAAGCCAGCUGGAGCAAGGGUUCCCAAUCUGUGGCACUCCAGAUGUUGCUGAACUACAACGCCCAUCACCCCCAGCUACAAUUUAGUAUGGCGGGGGGUGUGUGUGUGUGAUGGGAGUUAUAGUUCAGCAACUUCUGGAGUACUACAGGUUGGGAACCCCUGAUCUAGAGCAAUGGAAGCAGGAGGAAGAUGGAGGAGUAGGCUGGCUUCAGCUCUCCAGCAGAGAACUUUGAAAAGCGCCGUCUGAAGCAACUGCAGCCGCCCGCAUCGGGUGCCAGGCUCCGAUUCGGAGUUGCCGGCAGGGGCUGGGCAACGGUCACUCUUGGAACGCCCACAGGCACAUAUGGUGGGGGAGAGGCAGGCAGGAUCAAAAGUGAAGCUCUUCUAGGAUAGAGUGAGAAACGAUUAGCUCUUUAUGUAGUAGUCAGUUUUUGAGCCGUAUGGUUAAAACCGUUACUAUACCUUUUCUAUAUUAUUUAUGUAGCUUUUUUUAGUAGUUGGAGAUUAAAAUAUUUGUCUAAGAAGGAUAUCUUGGGGGUUGGGAAAAGUAAGAAUUUAAGUGGGGCUGGGGGAGCAUUUAAAAACAAACUGCUAAAACUGCUGGACUUGGACAAGAAAAAACAGCAAACCCAAAGCAAGUUGGAGGGGGGGGGGGGCGGGCAUGAUCCAGCCAGUGUUAAUGCCCCACUGAUCGUGACGGAAGAGAUUUGCGCACCUGCUUCACUCUCCCAUUUCUAUCGAUGGCAUCAUUUCAGGCGGCUGCAGUGUUGAAGGGCCUCCCUCGGAAGCUGCCAUUGGAAUGGAGGUCACUCAGCUCUUGGUUUCUGGAGGGAGCAGUUCCUCUGCCGCUCUUGUGAUUUAGUUUGCAUUCAGUGGUUUAUCCCCCUCCCCACCCCCCAUUUUAUACCUGAGAUUGUACAUUAAUGAACCUUUUACUUGUCAUCUAUGGGUCUUUAGUUUAUGCCUAUUGUUAAACACUUGUAAAAUCCACGUCCUCUUAUUUCUCAAGUGAAACUUUGUAUGUUCUGUUUUUGUCAUUCUAAUAAACAUUUCAUGAUCCCUUC